CAUUAAUCAUCAAUCCAUAUUCUUCCAAAUAAAAAAUUGCACUGCUCAAGUUUGGCUAUGCCUUCACGGGAAUCUGAAUCUAAAUCGAGUUCUCCCAGUGGAUCAUCAAGCACAGAGUCACUUUCAAUUACCAAGACAUUUUUGACAGAUGAUAAUUUUGAUGAAGAAUCAAACUCUUUUGUGGUUCAAACUGCGGCUGUUCAGGUUCCAAUUGUACUUUCUACACUUUUAGCGGGUAAUAAACGUCCACAUGGGGGGUCAACAAUUGGUAGAAAAUAUAUUCAUCGUGAUAGGAAAGAUCGCCAUGAUUUAAUUAAAAAAGAUUACUUUAGUGGUGAGAAGUCCAAGUACAUCGUGGAUAAAUUUCGUCGCCGAUUUCGCAUGGAUAUUGAGCUGUUCGAAAGAAUUUUGCAUGCGGUCGAGAAUUAUGACAAUUACUUUACGCAAAAAGUUGAUGCGGUUGGAAACAUAGGGUUGAGUCCUUUACAAAAAGUUGUAGCAGCUAUACGAAUGCUUGCAUACGGUUGUUCAGCCGAUUCUCUUGAUGAAUACGUUCAAAUUGGUGAAAGCACUGCAAUUGAGUGCUUAAAAAAGUUGUGUGAUGCUAUAAUAGGAUUGUAUGAAGAAAAAUAUAUGAGAAAACCAAAUAAAUAUGAUAUCGUAACUCUAUUAGAAGAGAGUGAAGCUCGAGGGUUUCCGGGAAUGCUUGGUAGUCUAGAUUGUAUACAUUGGCAC